AGACGGACUCGCGGGCGGGUGGCGGCGGCCGUGCCUGCUGGUGAGGGCGGGAGAGAGUGAGUCACUGAGCGUGUGUGAGGGAGGGAAGGAGCGAGCGGGCGAGCGAGCUGCCCGCGCCGUCCGUCCGCAGCACCACCCAGGCCCCGCCGCCUCCCCUCCGCCUCGCGCCCAGGCCGGGCCGAGCCGAGCUGGGUCGGGCCCGGGCCAUGCUGCUCACCGUGUACUGUGUGCGGAGGGACCUCUCCGAGGUGACCUUUUCUCUCCAGGUCGACGCCGACUUCGAGCUGCACAACUUCCGCGCGCUGUGCGAGCUCGAGUCCGGCAUCCCCGCAGCCGAGAGCCAGAUUGUCUAUGCUGAAAGACCUCUCACAGACAACCACAGAUCACUGGCUUCUUACGGCUUGAAAGAUGGGGAUGUUGUGAUUUUACGACAGAAGGAGAGUGCAGAUCCUCGACCUCCAGUGCAGUUCCCAAAUUUACCCCGGAUAGACUUUAGUAGUAUAGCUGUGCCUGGCACCUCAAACUCCCGGCAGCGCCAGCAAGCAGGAGCACAGAAGUCGCACUCAUCCCCUGGAGAAAAAGCCUCAUCUCCUCAGGGCUUGGACGAUCCAGCCUUGCUCCGAGACAUGUUGCUGAACAACCCGCAUGAGCUGUCCUUGCUUAAGGAACGCAAUCCACCCCUGGCAGAAGCUCUGCUCAGUGGCGAUCUUGAGAAAUUUUCUAGGGUCCUUGUGGAGCAGCAGCAGGACCGAGCCCGGAGAGAGCAAGAAAGAAUUCGUCUCUUUUCUGCUGACCCCUUUGACCUUGAAGCUCAGGCAAAGAUAGAAGAAGAUAUAAGGCAACAGAACAUUGAAGAAAACAUGACAAUAGCUAUGGAGGAGGCUCCGGAAAGUUUUGGCCAAGUAGUGAUGCUUUAUAUUAACUGCAAAGUGAAUGGACAUCCCGUGAAAGCCUUUGUUGACUCAGGUGCCCAGAUGACUAUUAUGAGCCAGUCUUGUGCAGAAAGAUGUAAUAUAAUGAGACUGGUGGACCGUCGGUGGGCAGGGAUUGCUAAAGGAGUGGGCACCCAGAAGAUUAUUGGAAGGGUACAUCUAGCUCAGGUUCAAAUUGAAGGUGAUUUUUUGGCAUGUUCCUUCUCUAUUCUUGAGGAACAGCCUAUGGACAUGCUUCUGGGACUGGACAUGCUUAAACGGCAUCAGUGUUCCAUCGACCUCAAGAAAAAUGUGCUUGUGAUCGGCACCACAGGCUCACAGACCACCUUCCUUCCUGAGGGAGAGCUACCAGAGUGUGCCCGGUUGGCAUAUGGGGCUGGGCGAGAAGACAUGCGGCCAGAGGAGAUUGCAGACCAAGAAUUAGUAGAAGCCCUUAAAAAAUCAGCAGAGGAUGCAGAGCGUCAGAAGCCAUGAUGCAUGUAGUGUGUGUGUACUGCAGCUGGAGUGGGCCCCAGACCAGAGAAAAGUGGUAAAGAAUCUACCUCACUGGGAAUGUCAUCAUUACCAACUUCAGAUGGAUUUAACCAUCCAGCCCAUUCUUUAAGACAGAGUCCUGAGAUUGGUAAUCCUAUGAGUCUUGCUCACUCUGUCUCUGCUUCAGUCUGCCCUAUCAAGCCCAGUGACCCAGAUAGCAUCAAACCUAACGCUGUGAAGGCUUUGAAGGCUUCAGCUGAGUUCCAGAUAAAUUCUAAAAAGAAAGAACAUCUUCCUCUACAGGAUCUUUUUGAUCAUGCUUCUUCAGCAGACCAGAGUCCAGCUAUGCCUUUGCAGAAUUCAUUUGAAGAAGCAGUUGUUGCAGGUAAUCUGGAGAAAUCUGCUGAAAGAAGCACCCAGGGCCUCAAGUUUCUUCUUCACACAAGGCAGGAAGCUAGUUUAUCUGUCACAACUACUAAUGUGCAUGAACCAGAGGUGUUUCUAAGUGAAAAGGGUGGGCAUACAGAAAAUCAGAACUUGAGUCAAGUGAAUGGCCUUCAGCAGCAUGAAGAACCAGGGAAUGAACAGCAUGAGGCUGUACAAAACAAUGUUCCAUGUGACCUAGAACAUCUUUGUAACAUAGGAGACCUUGAACCUUCUGGAGAAAGGCAACAGAACCAACAAAGUAUUGAUUUGGAAGUUACGAUGAAAGGAGAAGAUAGACUACAGCAGAAUGUGGAUCUUCCAAGUACAGAGAAAAGUAUUCUACCUUCAGGAUGCUUUGGCUGCUCGAAUUCAGAAACACUUAUGGAAAUAGAUAUAGUUGAACAGUCCCUAGUUGCUGUGCUUAAUUCAUCAGGCAAUCAGAAUGCCAAUGUCAGGAACAUUGGUGCAUCUAAUCUCACUUCAGAUAAUCCCUUGAUGGAAGUAGAAACAUCAAAAUGUAACCUUUCAUCUGAAAUUUUGAGUAAUUCCAUUUCCACUCAGGAUUUACAGCCCCCAGAAAGUAAUGUCGAAAGGUCUGAAACAAGUAAAGAAUAUGGCAAUUACUCCCUACCUUUAAGUCUCAGUGGUAGUUGUCAGUCCUCUGUGGAGUCAACAGAAGAAUCUUGUUCAUCUAUAACAGCAGCCUUGAAAGAACUUCAUGAACUUUUGGUUAUUAGUAGUAAACCAGCUUCAGAAAGUACAUCUGAAGAAGUUAUUUGUCAAUCAGAAACAGUAACUGAGAGCCAAACAGGUAGUAAGGACCUUUCUG